UGCGCCUGGCCCGCCCACCAGCCUGCCCGCCCGCGGCCAUGGCCGUCCGGUCCGGCCUGUGGCCAGCGUUCCUGGGCAUAGUCCUCGCCGCCUGGCUCCGCGGCUCGGGGGCCCAGCAGAGUGCCACAGUGGCCAACCCGGUGCCCGGCUCUAACCCAGACCUGCUUCCCCACUUCCUGGUGGAGCCCGAGGACGUGUACAUCGUCAAGAACAAGCCGGUGCUGCUGGUGUGCAAGGCCAUGCCCGCCACGCAAAUCUUCUUCAAGUGCAACGGGGAGUGGGUGCGCCAGGUGGACCACGUGAUCGAGCGCAGCACAGAUGGGAGCAGCGGACUGCCUGCCAUGGAGGUCCGCAUCAAUGUCUCGAGGCAGCAGGUGGAGAAGGUGUUUGGGCUGGAGGAGUACUGGUGCCAGUGCGUGGCGUGGAGCUCCUCAGGCACCACCAAGAGUCAGAAGGCCUACAUCCGCAUUGCCUAUUUGCGCAAGAACUUUGAGCAGGAGCCGCUGGCCAAGGAGGUGUCCCUGGAGCAGGGCAUCGUGCUGCCCUGCCGCCCGCCAGAGGGCAUCCCCCCAGCUGAGGUGGAGUGGCUCCGGAACGAGGACCUGGUGGACCCAUCCCUGGACCCCAAUGUGUACAUCACGCGGGAGCAUAGCCUGGUGGUGCGACAGGCCCGCCUGGCCGACACGGCCAACUACACCUGCGUGGCCAAGAACAUCGUAGCUCGUCGCCGCAGCACCUCCGCUGCCGUCAUCGUCUACGUGGAUGGCAGCUGGAGCCCGUGGAGCAAGUGGUCGGCCUGUGGGCUCGACUGCACCCACUGGCGGAGCCGUGAGUGCUCUGACCCAGCACCCCGCAACGGAGGUGAGGAGUGCCGAGGCACUGACCUGGACACCCGCAAUUGUACCAGUGACCUCUGCGUGCACACUGCUUCCGGCCCAGAGGACGUGGCCCUCUACGUGGGCCUCAUAGCCGUGGCCGUGUGCCUCCUCCUGCUGCUGCUCGUCCUCAUUCUUGUGUUCUGCCGCAAGAAGGAGGGACUGGACUCGGAUGUGGCCGACUCAUCCAUUCUCACCUCAGGCUUCCAGCCCGUCAGCAUCAAGCCCAGCAAAGCAGACAAUCCCCACCUGCUCACCAUCCAGCCAGACCUCAGCACCACCACCACCACCUACCAGGGCAGUCUGUGUCCCCGGCAAGAUGGGCCCAGCCCCAAGUUCCAGCUCACCAACGGGCACCUGCUCAGCCCGCUGGGUGGCGGCCGCCACACGCUGCACCACAGCUCACCCACCUCCGAGGCUGAGGACUUCGUCUCCCGCCUCUCCACCCAGAAUUACUUCCGCUCCCUGCCCCGCGGCUCCAGCAACAUGGCCUAUGGGACCUUCAACUUCCUUGGGGGCCGGCUGAUGAUCCCUAAUACAGGCAUCAGCCUCCUCAUCCCCCCAGACGCCAUACCCCGAGGAAAGAUCUACGAGAUCUACCUCACACUGCACAAGCCGGAGGAUGUGAGGUUGCCCCUAGCCGGCUGUCAGACCCUGCUGAGUCCCAUCGUUAGCUGUGGGCCCCCCGGAGUCCUGCUCACCCGGCCAGUCAUCCUCGCCAUGGACCACUGUGGGGAGCCCAGCCCUGAGAGCUGGAGCCUGCACCUCAAAAAGCAGUCCUGCGAAGGCAGCUGGGAGGACGUGCUGCACCUCGGCGAGGAGGCACCCUCCCACCUCUACUACUGCCAGCUGGAGGCCGGCGCCUGCUAUGUCUUCACGGAGCAGUUGGGCCGAUUCGCCCUGGUGGGAGAGGCUCUCAGCGUGGCCGCGGCCAAGCGCCUCAAGCUGCUUCUGUUUGCCCCCGUGGCCUGCACCUCCCUCGAGUACAACAUCCGAGUCUACUGCCUGCAUGACACCCACGAUGCACUCAAGGAGGUGGUGCAGCUGGAGAAGCAGCUGGGAGGACAGCUGAUCCAGGAGCCUCGCAUCCUGCACUUCAAGGACAGUUACCACAACCUGCGGCUGUCCAUCCAUGACGUGCCCAGCUCCCUGUGGAAGAGCAAGCUCCUCGUCAGCUACCAGGAGAUCCCCUUUUAUCACAUCUGGAAUGGCACACAGCAGUACCUGCACUGUACCUUCACCUUGGAGCGCGUCAGCCCCAGCACCAGCGACCUGGCCUGCAAAGUGUGGGUAUGGCAGGUGGAGGGCGACGGGCAGAGCUUCAACAUCAACUUCAACAUCACCAAGGACACGAGAUUCGCUGAGCUGCUGGCCCUGGAGAGUGAAGGGGGGGUCCCAGCCCUAGUGGGCCCCAGUGCCUUCAAGAUCCCCUUCCUCAUUCGGCAGAAGAUCAUUACCAGCCUAGAUCCACCCUGUAGCCGGGGUGCCGACUGGCGGACUCUGGCCCAGAAACUCCACCUGGACAGCCAUCUCAGCUUCUUUGCCUCCAAGCCCAGCCCCACAGCCAUGAUCCUCAACCUGUGGGAGGCGCGGCACUUCCCCAACGGCAACCUCAGCCAGCUGGCUGCAGCAGUGGCCGGACUUGGCCAGCCAGAUGCUGGCCUCUUCACAGUGUCAGAGGCCGAAUGCUGAGGCCGGCGAGGCCCACAAAGCCUACACUCUCACCAGCUUUGGCACCCGCCAGGGACAGGCAGAAGCCACCACCGGGGAGAGCUGCGUGGACAGGCCCCCUCCUGGCAGACGCUGUCCCCUAAUACUGGCCCUUCAGACCCUGCCCGCACUCCUUCCCCUCCAUGGCCUGCCUGGCGGGCUGGCACUGCCACCUGCUCCGGCUCUGCCCGGGGCCCAGGGUGGACAGUGCCUGGAGCCCGGGCUGGGCCCAGCCCAUCUGUGUGUGUGUAUGUGCGUGUGAUGCUACCUCUCCUCCUGCCCCAGCCAGGGGGCCGCAUACACACGGGCAUACAUGCACACGAUGGGCUCGGGACGUGGCCCCCGGAGCUCCUGCCUGAGCUGGACCUUAUGCAAACAUUUCUGUGCCUGCUGGGUAGGGGCACAUCUGAGGGGCCUGGCUCCAAGCCUGUGGGACUGAGGGCCACAGCUGAACAGGGGGCGGCCCCUGGAUUCAGGCACACAACUACCACACGGGCAUGUGCCCAUGCAUGUCCCGUGUGCUCCUGUCACAUGCAUCCCCCCACACAUGCAUCUCAUGCUGUACACCUGGAGGCUGCUCACGUCUCUCAAGCCUGGUGUCAGUCCACAUCUGCCUCUCACAUGCUGCCCUUCUCCCACCCACCCAGGGACACCCAACGGCUCCUCCCCGAUCCCCCCCUGCCCUCAGCCACGAGGAGCCCUGCCCGACGGGGCGUGUGAAUAUGCAACGGGAGUCCCGGGCUGGACAAUGGCGAGUGUGCGUGCCGUGGCGUGCCCGUUUCUGGGGCUGGCCGGUGCCCCCGUGCGGGGCCAGUCAUGUGAAGCUUGUGCCCUGACUCUGUUUUAAGU